AUAAUGUACAUGAAGUCUUCAUGGUAACCACUGAGGAAAUUGAAAAAUCUGAGGACGAAUGGCACAUUUUUCUGAACAUAACUCUAUUAAGGAUAAUGAAGAAAAAUGGUUUGAGGAAAAAUUACUUCAAUAGUUUUCCAAU